AUGAGCAUCGUUAACACUGUGGGCAAGAAUGUUAUUGGUCCUAGAGUUCGCAUAGAGGAUGGUGUGUGCUUGCGACAGUGUACGAUAUUGUCUGACUCGAUCAUCCGUACUCACUCAUGGAUAAAUCAGACUAUUGUUGGUCGAAAGUGCUCCAUCGGACGAUGGGUGCGCAUAGAGAACAAUUGCGUCAUUGGAGACGAUGUUGUAGUAGCCGACGAGUUGUAUCUCAACGGGGCACAAGUUUUGCCUCACAAGUCAAUCUCAAGUAAUGUUCCUGAACCUCAUAUCAUCAUGUAG